UACCCGUGCCAAAGAUUUUUCAGGAGGUGCGUGCCAGAAUGCAACGCUAUCCGCUUACAAUCCCGCGUCCAUCUCUCUCCCUCUCCCUCUCUCUUUCUCUCGCCCUCUCCAUCCAAGCCAGUACCAGUUCACCGGAACAGAGAACGAUCGAGCUGCAGUUCCCGAGCUAUGCAGCAGAUGAUCAGCGCGUGCAAGCCGCGUCACCCGCACCCAGCUGCCGCUCUCCUGCCGCCGAGGCCAUUGCUCAGACGAGCAGUGUUACCCUGCCUUACAGCCCCAGCGAGGGAUGCAACGCCGCGAUUGGUGGUCAGGAGGAGAUGCCAGGAAGAGGGCAAGCAGCAGCAAGGAGGGGAGGAGCAAAGGGAGAGCAGAAGCUUUCUUAGCCUGGAGGAGGCCGGGCUGGUGGAGAUGUCUGGCCUCAGCACGCACGAGCGCUUCCUCUGCCGCCUGACUAUAUCAUCCUUGAAUCUCUUGAAAGUGAUAUCGGAGCAGGAAGGAGUUCCGAUAGAGGAGCUCAACGCCGGCCGCGUCUGCGACUGGUUCUUGAAGGACAAACUCAAGAGGGAGCAGAACGUGGGAACUGCCGUCCUGCAAUGGGAUGACCCUGGCUUCUAGCUUCAUCCAUCCUAAGCCGGGCAAUCUUUUCGUCUAUGCCUCAGCACGUAGUUCCUGUCCUGAAAAAAGACGAUUGGAGGAUGCAUCGAUCAUGCAAGCAGGGUUGCGAGACGAUGCUCAUCUUGCUGGUUUCUACCGUAGCAGAUGAAGAGUGCUCGUCGUUACUCGUGUCAGUGCUUUUGCUGAGAUGCGCAAGAUGACCACCCAUUCGCUUAUUCUGUACUCUGUAGUUGCACCGUAAUGCCUGACGUGAGCAUUAUAUUUGCACUUCGCAGUGUGAGUGCCUGAUUCGUGUAUGCGGCACUUCCCAUACAUGAUAUCAUGAUACAUGACACGUACUACAUACUUCAGGCCCUCUUUGGGUGAGCAACCAAACACAUGAGUCACAAUAUUUU